AUGGCUGUUCCGGAAGUUGACAAGAAAAUUAUUGGAGAGCUUGAAGCAAUGGGAUUUCCAAGACCUCGAGCAACAGGAGCACUUCAUUAUUCUGGCAAUGCUAGUUUAGGGGCUGCUAUAGGUUGGAUCGUUGAUCAUGAGAAUGACGCCGACAUGGAUGAGAUGCCGUUGAAAAUAAUUUCCAGUGGGAUUUCAUGGAGGAUUUACUCUCAACUGGUCAACUACUCACAGGAGAGGAUUCAAUCUGGUAAGCAACUCAUAGAAGCAAAGCGAAGUUUAGAAGAAAAUGAAAGAAAACGUAAUAUAGAGUUUCGGAAACCUGAGAAAGAGGAAGAGAAACGAGCAAGAGAAAGAAUUCGCAGGAAACUAAAACAGGAUAAGUUAGAAAGAAGGGUCAAUCUUGGAUUGCCACCUGAACAGCUUGUAGCUGAGAAACGCACACCUGCAGUGAGGAUAGAACAGAAUCCAUUUCCAGUCCGUUCUGUUGCAAAAUCAGAACGUUUGAGAGAAUGUUUACGGUCCUUGAGGCGCAACCACAAGGAUGACGAUGCUAGAGUGCGACAAGCCUUCCAGACCUUGCUGAUAUAUGUUGGAAAUGUUGCAAGGAAUCCUAAUGAAGAAAAAUUCAGGAAGAUCAGACUCAGUAAUCCGUUAUUCUUGGAUAGAGUUGGGAGUUUGAUUGGAGGAAUUGAGUUCCUUGAGCUCUGUGGGUUUGAGACAACUGAAGGGGGAGAGUUUUUGUAUCUUCCUCACAAUAAGGUUGACAUGGCAACAUUAAACUCAGCUGCUUCUGAGCUGAAGUCUGCAUUGAUAAACCCGUUCUUUGGCCUUCUAUAG